GGGAACUGAAUCACUCUGUAGGGAGCUGCGUUUUUAAAAAAUCACCGGUGACUGGCAUUUCCAAACAUUGCACGCCUCGCCCGUCGCCCGCGGAUCGUCUCAGCACCAUGCGAGCAGGAGAGACGCGCCCUGUGCCAUGCUGAACAACUCGCCGACUCUGCUGCUGGCUCUGACCGCCGUGGCCGGACUUCUCCAGCGAUGUCAAGGCUGGAGCGACGAAGACCUCCUCCUGCCCCCCAUCAACUCCUCCAACAGGUUCCUGGCCAACCUGGAGGUGGACGUGCGCUUUUCCAAGAGGUCCGUGGAGGAGAGCGAAGCCUCGCCCGACGCCUCCUUGUCCCAGUGCAACGUGAGCGUCCAGAGACUCCUGCCCACCUCGUUGGUGGCCCGCUGGGACAGCAGCUUCGGCUUCCAGUGUGAUGUGCUCAUCUACACCACCAACAACCACGGAAGGGCUUUUUUCUCCGCGGCUUUCAACAGGGCGAUCUCGCCCGUGGUCAUCGAGCACCUCGGGGUCAGCGGGGGGCAGCAGGAGCUGCGGCUGUGCGUGGGCUGCGGGAUGUCGCGGUACCGGAGGUUUGGUCAGGGCAGGUCGAGGGGCCAGCAGACCGGGGAUCAGGUCACUUUCUGCUGCCUGGACUUCAGCCUCGACGAGCUGAAGGGGGACAAAAGUUGGAGGCUGAACAGAAAGCCCAUCGAGUCGACACUUGUGGCUUGUUUCAUGACUUUGGUCAUCAUUGUGUGGAGUGUUGCUGCUCUCAUAUGGCCAGUCCCGAUCAUUGCAGGAUUUCUGCCUAAUGGAAUGGAGCAGAGGAGACCGAGAUAAUUGAAAUAAUCUUUAUAUUAAUUAGCCUGUGCUGCCUAUACUAUCAUUGUAGCCAUUCAACCUUUCACACGAAUGAUUGAUUGCGGAGAUUUGGAGAACUUUUUGAUCAAAUGCUUUAGUUUUGGGUGUUAUUUAACCCUUAAUAGACCUCCUCCUCAUUAGGACAACCGAGGUAAUGUAUGAAGACUUAUACUAGCCAAUAGUAAUCUAUACUGGGACCAACACCAAUGUGUUUUGUAUACCCCCGUAGGCGUUCCUAUAGAUUAAGUCAGCGUAAACUGUGCAAACCUUUCUCUUUAAACUGUGUUUGUAUAGUUUUUAACCUUUCUAGAAAGUUUUUGCCUUAUCCCAUGUGUAGGACUUUUGCACUGACAGCUGAACUUCAAGGCGUGCCGUCACAUACAGUAUAUAGUUAACCUAUAGUCAUGUUCAGAGCAAGUGUAAUAGUUUUUCCCCCAAUACAUUCUGAAAAAUAGAUGUUGUUUCUGAUUGACAUAGAGAGAGUUUCAUUAUUUAUAUUGUUGGAUUUCUAAUGUCAAGUUCAUUCGUGAUUAUUUGUAUUCAUGUUUAAAUGAAA